GCAGAGUGCGUGAAGUGAAGGACUGCACGUCAGAGGAAAACAUGCAGAGCAUAAGCUCUCCAGGAGGCGGUGUCCUCUCUGAGGACCAGUUCACCUGCUCCAUCUGUCUAGAGGUGUUCGUGGAGCCCAUCUCCACGCCGUGCGGCCACAGCUUCUGCAAGGCCUGCCUGCAGGGCUACUGGAACCACAGCAAGAAGUUCCUGUGUCCCAUGUGCAAGAAGAGCUACCACAAGAGGCCAGAGAUGAGCGUCAACAGGGUCCUUGCGGAAAUCUCCUCCCAGUUCCAGGGGCUGUUGCUGGCCGAAGGAGCUGGAGGGGCCGUGGGAGCCUCGGGAGCCGGUGGAGCCUCACGGGGGUCCACACUGAACCUUAGCUCAGCUACGAGCCACGGGGGCUCCCAAGGGUCUGACAACGGGGAGUUCGCCCGGGCUGGGGAGGUUCCCUGUGAUGCCUGCAUCGGAAGGAAGGUGAAGGCCCUCAAGUCUUGUGUGAACUGCCCUGGAUCGUUCUGUGAGGCCCACCUCAGACAUCAUAGAAAGGUGAAGUCCCUGAUAUCCCAUCGUCUGAUCGAACCCACUUUCCACCUGGAGGAGAAGAUCUGUAAGAAACACGAGCGUCUUCUGGAGGUCUACUGCCGCUCGGACCACGCCGCCAUCUGCACGGCCUGCGCCGAGUCCACGCACAAGUCCCACGACAUCGUCUCCAUUGACCACGAGUGGAAGAAGAAGAUGAGUAAUCUGGUUAAGAAGAAGUCGGAGGUCAAGCAUUUGAUCAAGGAGAGAGCCAAGAAGCUGGAGGAGAUCAAACAAUCCAUCAAAGUCAUCAAGACCAGCUCUCAGAGGGAGUUGGAGGAGAGCUGGCAGGUGUACGCGGAGCUGCAGCGCCUGGUGGAGCAGAGUCAGGCGGAGCUGGUGGAGCUGAUCGCCACGAGGCAGCGCGAGGCCGAGCGUCACGCUCAGGAACUGGCCCGGGGUUUGGAGAACGAGCUCAGCCAGCUGAGGAGGAAGAGCAACGAGCUGGAGGCCUACACACAGACGCAGGACAAAGUGGCCUUCAUGCAGAACCUGUCGACCCUGUCCCCCCCAGCCGAGCCCACUGAUUGGUCGGCGGUCAGCAUCAACACUGACCUCUACCUGGGAACCAUCCGCUCCUCGGUCAGCAGCCUCGUGGACAAGCUCCAGGAAGAGCUCAAGAGACUCUACGGCAAAGAGCUCCGGAAGGUCCAGAACUAUUCAAGUGAGGUGAUCUUGGACCCUGUCACGGCUCAGAGGAACCUGGUUGUGUCCGAUGACGGCCGCCAGGUGAGAUACGAAGAGCGGAAGACCGUCCACUCCGAGGGCCCGAAACGCUUCAACCCCGCCCUCUUCGUCCUGGGCCGAGAGGGUCUCAGCUCCGGGCGACACUACUGGGAGGUGGACAUGGGGCGCAAGACGGCCUGGACGCUGGGCAUGGCCAGCGCCUUGGCCCGCCGCAAGGGCGAGAUCAAGCUGAGCCCCGAGGGCGGGUACUGGUGCCUGUGGCUGAAGAACGCCGAGGUGAAGGCUUUGGCAUCGAUCCGCCUGCCUCUACUGCUGCCGUCCCAACCCAUUAAAGUGGGGGUCUUCCUGGAUUAUGAAGGAGGCCAGAUUUCGUUCUAUGAUGUGAAGGCGCGUCUGCAUCUCUACACCUUCAUGGAUACCUUCAACGAGAAACUGUACCCGAUCUUCAGCCCCUGUCUCCACCAGGACGGGAAGAACUCUUCGCCUCUCGUUAUAUCCUCCGUCAAACACACCUGAGACUGACGGUCAGUCAGCAAACAUUCGACGUUUACGACAUCUGUAGGUCAACUAAAAUUUGCUGAAAAGUGCAGACAUUUUUGAACAGCUAAUUUUGUCCAUUAUUCGGUCUUCCUUCCCAAUCAUCCGGCCAACGACUUGCUUGAAAAGCCCUUUACCUCAAACACCUUUCAAUAUAAUGAAUUAAAAACAAAGCAUGUCAUUUUGCAUAUCAAUACUAACCAUUAAAACACAUACUCGUACUUUAUGGGCAUGUUAUUGCAUUUUAUCAAGUAAAACCAGGCUCAGCACAAAUCCUUUAAUGGCCGCCGAUCGUUUCAAAGCAAUACAAGGAAAGAAGUGUGCGUUUGGAUCAGAGGAAACCAAAAUGUCCUGUAACAUGGGUGGUUCUUUAUUGACUGGCCUAUUACAGAGAAAUAUUGACAAUUUGUUUACUCCAAAAGUAGCCAAUAGUUCAGUCAUACUGUACUGUACUUAUCUCAAGUUGUAUAUAAAAUAAAUGAUGUAAAAACAUGUGAAGGACGAGACAAGGUUGUUCCGAGUUGAGUUUGAGUAAUGCUCUACUGCUGGCAAGUUCCUUACUGUGUAAGUCUUUGUUAUAAGGCUUUAGAAACGUUACAGAUUAAAGAAAUGAAGUUAAAUAGAUGUACUUUCACUGUCUAGAUGUUUAAGCCGGCCUGGGGAACCAAAUGAGAGACUUUUACAUACUACAGGACUCUGAUAUUGUUUUUAAUUAGCAUUUUAUUUUUACUUUAUGAUCCAGGAUUGUUUCAAGGACCAUAAAAGUAUGUUCUGUAUUUAUAUAUAAAAUGUGUUCUUUUGUACUACCAAUCUGAACUUGUUCAUUAAAGAUGAUUCGUCACCCAA